AUGAGUGAGUCUUCUUCAUAUACUGAAAUUAAUAGCAACAAUAACAAUUCAACUGGCUCAACAGAUUCCAACAAUUCAUGUUCAUCAAGAACUUCAAAUAAAGUAUGUAAUGAAUGUUCAGAACCAUACGAAUCAUUACCGUGGUGUUACAAGUGUGAUUUACCAAAAUAUAGUGAUAAUGAAUAUGGAAGUUGUAAUCCAGAAUGGUCUUGGAGUAUAUCUGAUAAUCCAAUUAGUGAUAUAGGUCGAGAUUUUCUGGCAUCUGAUGAAUAUAUUGCGAAUUCUGGCCCCUCAAAAGGCAAGUUACAUCCAGAAGCAAUUUAUGUCAGCAGGUUUAUAAAAUUUCCAAAGAUUGAAAAUGAUGACAAUGACAUAUCAGAUAGUGAUGAUGAUGGUGAUUCAACUAGAGAAUCUCAAUCAAUCCAAAUACCAAAAGCAAAUGAGGAAUCUUUUGAAGAAUUAUCUAACUCCCCAGAAUCUUUAAAAUCUCCAAGGUCUCCAGGAUUGCAAGGAUUUGAUUCAGAGCUAUUUGAAACUACAGAAGAAACAUUGGUUGAAUCAGAUUCAAAACAACUUGUGCUUACAUUAUCGAAAGCAAUUCCAAAAUUUUCAUCAAACCAAUUAAGAACUGUUAUUGAAACUGAAGAAAAUUCACAAAUUGAUUCACAAGAAGGUCUUACAUUAUCAUCAGUACUCAAUGGAUUAUCUCUAGAAGAUAAAGAAAAAUAUAAAAUAAAUGACGAAGUUUCAUUAGCAGCAAUCUCUAGAAGUUUGGAUUCAAAACAAUUGGAUCUUUGUAUAUUAA